AUGGGAGACAAAUUGGUCAAGGUCAAGAGACGAGGUGACGUUGAAGAUGGUUUCAUAACCGAGGUUCUCGCCGGCAUGAGAAGGAAAGCUUCGGUAAUCACCGCUCCAUUGAGACGGGAUCAUGAUGCCGUUCUUCCUCAACCUUGUAACCUCAUGAAUACCAAUAUUAAAGUUGUUGGAUCGAACUUGCUUGAUUUCAGUAAACCGAGGAAAGGAGGCAAAAAGAUUGGAGAAGCGUCGAAUGGAAGCUUCUGUGUAGUACCGAUAGCUAUGAGUCUUAAUGUUGCUAUUGAUGAGAGAUUGCUUAAAACUUUAAAAGGUCCACCAGUUGUAAACCUAGAUUCACCAUUGCUUGGUAAACGAAGGUCUUGGGUGCCGCCGCUGUUGUACGGAGAUGAGGAGGGACUUCGCGGUGGAGCGAGAAUCUCCGGUGAUGAUAGGGUCAUGGUUUGGAUAUCUUGGCUGAGAAGUGAGGCGAAAGAGGAGAACCAAAGGAACAUGGCCGUUCUGGGAAAGCUUCCGCAAGGGUGGUGCAUGUUGAGGAUGAGAGAUGGGAAACGCCGGACACCACCUUCUUCCUUUAUUAUUGAUUGA